AUGAGUUAUGAUUUGGAGUUACAUCUAGUUCAUAAAACCGUCACUCAAAAUGGGCCUCAGCUCGCUGUUAUCGGCCUUCUGUACAAUGAAGGCCCUGAUGACUCGUCAACCGAUCAUUUUCUUCAACAGGUAUUUGAUGCUUUACCGUAUAUAAAGAAGGCAGAUUCUUCAGUACACACUUUUAAAUCAGUCGACUUCUCUUCACUACUACCUGUAUUGGAUGGCCCAUAUGCUCGAUAUACCGGAUCUUUGACGACGCCACCGUGCACUGAGAAUGUUACUUGGACAGUCAUGCUGAACCAGCUUAGGCAUGAAAGAUGCUUACUCCACCUAUCACAACGUUCUGCCACACUUGACUGGAAUCUGAUUAAAAUCUCGUUGCACGAUCGUCACUGUGAUGCUGAUUUGGCUCUCCAUUGUGAUGUCCAGAAUCUGAAGAUGUCACCGAGACAGUUUCAAGCCUACAAGGCCGUUCUGAAGAAACCAAACAACAGGCCGCUUCAAGAUCUGGCGGGCAGAACCGUGAUGUACUCCCAGUAG